ACAUAGGCCUCUCCCAAUCCACACCACUGAGCCCGGCCUUCGACUCUCCCCAUCCACCUCCUGUCGGCCUCCUUUCGGAGGUCAUCGCACCACCUAGCCAGGGAGAGUUACACAUUGCGUUAUCCGCUGCGCGGUCUUCACCCGGAAGCGUGUUUGCUCCAGCGAUCGUCAGUUCUACGGCAUAUAUGGCCAGCCCACUGCCAUUUCAGCUUACUGACUCUUUGAACUAUGUCAUGUGACCAGAAAAUAUUGCGUAGAAUAAAAAUUUUGAGGUGACUCAACUGAUCACGUGAGGUUAAGAAACUAAUAAACGUCUCAAUUAAUCUUCAAAAUAUACGUCUAAUAAGUAAGGAGGCUUGAGGAAAACGUGAUCAUAAAAAUAAAAACCGUAAUUUGUAUUAGAACAAAUCAUAAUAACAUCACGCAAAAAGUCAAAACUGGAUUUAAAUACAGAGUUAAGAAUUUUAUUACCCUGAAAUUCAUUAAAAAUUAUAUCGCUCUAAGCUGUUGUACAUAAAAUUUAAUAAAAUGAGAAUGAUUUUAUAGGUAUAAUUUUUGUUGUCGAGUACUUCAAUAAAAAUAGACCUUAAAUCUCCUUGAUUAUAGGUAUUAAAAUAAAAACUAAGACAGAAGGCCGCAUUCACGGUGUGAUAUCUAUGAGCUUCGGUGACCACUCAACCCCUGGCUCGUGAGGACACGAUCAUCCAUCACCCAUAUUUGGUAUUAAAAAAAACCAUAAAAUAUGAGUAUCACUAUUAGACAAAUAAUCUUAGCGCAAUGCGCUUGUGUUCACCAAUUACUUAUUUAUCAAUUGCUUAAUUAUAAAAAUAUCAAAAAAAGUGCGGUGUCCCAAGUUCCAAUAUCGAUCAAAAUAUCUAUUUUUUUUAUACAUAUACGACAAAAAAAACUAUACGCAAGCAAUGAGUUAGUAAAACUAUAGAAAGGCCAAUGUCACGCAAUUUAUUAAUAAAAUAGUGAUGGUAUCUGUAGGUCAUAAAGUUUUCGGCAAAACUUUCUGCAACCUAACGAUGGUGUGUGACGAAAUGUUUCAUAAAUGACGAAUUUUAGAUUUGUGUUCAUAUCUAAACAUCACGUAUACCUAUUUCCUUAAAAAUAAUAACAUCUUUUGCGUCGCAAUUAACAGAGCUUUUCCUCUUCGAACCAUUUAAAUAGCUACUCGUGGUCAACCGAGGCAUACACUGUUCCGACAGCACUCCAAGAUGAACAUUUUCUACUAUAUCACUGUUUUGAUCUGUGCGUGCCUCGCAUAUGUCUCCGCUCUCCCUUCGGCCAUCGCGGGAGCUGAAGACCUCCAACCCGCCGAGUCUCGUUGGAAUCAUGGCGGUGGACACCACGGCGGUGGACACCACGGCGGCGGUCACCACGGUGGUGGUCACUACGGCGGUGGUCAUCAUGGUGGCCAUGGAGGCUACAAGGGUGGUUAUGGACACGGACGCUAACUGCCUUUUAAAAAGCUGUUUACAUAAAAUUGUCUUAUCAAGUUAAGGAGCAACAAAUUUUAAUUUGUGACACAUCUAUUACCUAUAACUACCUACUUAUAACGUUAAAAUUAAAUUAUUACCAUCUUAUGUGAUGCAUUAAAUUCAAUUUUAAAGAACUUGACAAGCAGUAAUUGUGUACCAUUAGUUAAAUCACUUACAAAUGAAUUGUAUUUUUAAAUUUAAUAUUAAGUUAAGCACUAUGUACAAUGUCUUCUAAUUUUUAAUAUGAAUAAUAAAAAGUACAAAAUUUC